ACCGAGAAGGACGCACAGGAGAUUGUGUCCAAGGCCAGACAGUACCGUGCCCAGAAGCUGAAGGCCGCCAAGACCGACGCCCAGGCCGAGAUCGAGGCGUACAAGGCCAAGAAGGCGGCCGAGUUGAAGAAGUUUGAGGACGAGUUCGCCGGCUCGAACCAGAAGCUCGAGGCCGACGCCGACACCGAGGUGCAGACCGAGUUGGUCAAGAUCAAGAAGACCGCCGAGGAGAAGAAGACCCAGGUCGUCAAGUUGCUUCUCGAGUCGAGAAAGUCCCGGCAGAGAGUGCAGACGUCGCACAAUAAGCCGUCGACGUUGCUCAGACGACAUAUCUCCGAGCGGUCGUGGACCCUACGGAACUGGUAUGCCCACAUCCACUGGAAGAACCUCACGGUGGUGGCCAUCCUGCCGUUGGUUGGCGUGCUGCUGCUGGUGGCGCUCCACCCGCCGCUUGUGAAGAACACGUUCUACUUUAUGGUGUGGUGCUACAUCGUCACGGUGAUCUCGAUCAACAUGCUCUACCACCGGUACUGGUCGCAUCACUCGCUCAACUUCUGCAACGAGUCUUUUGUCCAGAUCCUAUCGAUCAUCUGCGCCGGCGGCGGAAUCACGUCGGCGAAGAACUGGUGCUCGUCCCACCGUGCACACCACCGAAACUGCGACGUCACAGACACAGACCCGCACAACAUCAGAAGAGGCCUCUUCUUCAGCCACAUGGGCUGGAUGAUCCUCAUCCACCACACCAAGGCUGCCAGGGCAAUCAAGGAGAGCAAGCUAGACGAGUUGCCCAACAAGCAGAUUGUGCAAUGGCAGAUGCAGCACUACUUCAAGCUCUACAUCCUGGUCGGCUUAAUCCUGCCUAGCUUGUUCUGCGGAUACUUGUGGGACGACUACAUCGGAGGCCUGCUCUACGGCGGCUUUUUGAAGACGUUGCUUGUGCAGCACUCGAUCUUCUCCAUCAACUCCAUAGGCCACACCAUCGGCUCCAGACCCUACAACAACGCCAAGUCGCACAGAAACAACUACUUGUUGAGCCUCAUAACCAUGGGCGAGGGGAACCAAAACUUUCACCACGAGUUCCCCAUGGAUUACAGAAACGGGUACGAGUGGUACAGUUUCGACCCCACCAAGUGGACGAUACGGCUCUUGCAGCUUCUCGGACAGGUAAACAACCUCAAGAUAGCAAACCAGAGCACCAUCGAUAAAUCGUACAUUCAGCAGCAGCAGAGGGUGUUGGACGAUAUCCGCUCGCAGUUGAAUUGGGGCAUCCCCAUCGAAAAGCUCCCCGUGUUCACGGCAGACGAGUUCAGGAAGCUGGCACACAGCUCGAAGGACAGAUACUUAGUCGUCGUCUCGGGCAUCAUCCACGACGUGACGCCCUUUGCGCUCGACCACCCCGGCGGAGUGCCUCUAAUCAGAGCGUCUCACGGUAAGGACGCCACAACCGCCUUCAGUGGUGCCGUCUACCAGCACUCCAACGCAGCUAAGAACUUGUUGGCCACCAUGAGAAUAGGCAAGUUGGGCGGCAGCGAGAGCCUAUACUGGAAACAGCAGCGGAUCGAAAAUAAGAGUGUGCCGAUCGAUAACGAUUCUGAAGGAAAGAGAAUUGUGCGCUGCGGGGGUCAAGAAACCAGCUUUGGGAAGCUUGGAAGCACUGCUGGGGCUGCAUGA